CCCAGCAUCCAGCGGGACUCAGCCGGUCGGCCGUCCGUCCAGAGGAGACAUCGCGGACAGCAGCCAUGCUGCUGACCGUGCUGUGCGCCCUUUGUCUGCUGCCCAGCGCGCUGGCCUUGCCGCUCCCCCGGGAGGCAGGGGGCAUGAGUGAGCCACAGUGGAGACAGGCUCAGGACUAUCUCAGGAGGUUUUAUCCGUCCAACUCAGAAACGAGGGAGGCCGACAGCUUCGAAGCCAGACUCAAGCGGAUGCAGACUUUCUUCCGCCUGCCCGUGACGGGGGUCCUGACCCCCCGCCUGGUGGAAAUAAUGCAGAAGCCCAGGUGUGGGGUCCCCGACGUCGCUGACUACUCCCUCUUCCCAGCCCAGCCGAAGUGGAAUUCCCGAGUCGUCACCUACAGGGUCAUAUCGUACACGCGAGACCUGCCGCGGGUCACCGUCAAUCAACUCGUGUCAAAGGCUUUGGCCUUGUGGAGCAGGGAGAUCCCGCUGUCCUUCCAGAGAGUGUUAGCGGGCACGGCGGACAUCAUGAUCGGCUUUGCGAGAGGAGCUCACGGGGACUACUACCCAUUUGAUGGACCGGGAAACACCCUGGCCCACGCCUUUGCACCCGGGCCAGGUCUGGGAGGGGACGCACACUUUGAUGAGGACGAGCGCUGGACGGACGGCAGCAGACUAGGAGUUAACUUCCUGGUCACCGCGACCCACGAACUUGGCCAUUCUUUGGGCCUCGGUCACUCAUCUGAUCCCAAUGCCGUGAUGUAUCCAACCUACAGAGUCGGAGAGUCCAAGAAUUUCAGACUUUCACCAGAUGACAUCAAAGGAAUCCAGAAGUUAUACGGAGAGAAGAGCAAUUUGAGGAAGAAUUAGGAAUGUGGGGAAGAGUGGACGUUCAUUCCGUGGUCCCGUGGCUGCUCCCCAGCCGGAGCGAACGCACACGGUCCCCGAGCUCCGUUCGGCCGCUCGUUCGUCCCUCCCCGUGUCCUGGCUAGUUUCCACCACCUCGCUCUCCUGGGGAAAAGCACGAGAGCCUCCUUCCUCCAUGACUUUCCUCAAGAGCUUGCACUUGGUCAGUGGUAAUAAAUGUUAAAUACACAGAUAAAUAAAGUUUUUACUCUA